AUGGGGAACCAGGAUGGCAAGCUAAAGAGGAGCGCAGGUGAUGGCUCGCACGAAGGCGGCGGCGGCGCCGAGGAUGCUGUUGGGCCCAGGGAUGUGGAAGCCACAAAGAAGGGAAGCGGGGGCAAGAAGGCGCUGGGCAAACAUGGCAAGGGGGGAGGGGGCGGCGGCGGGGAGCUGGGCAAGAAGAAGAACAAGUCCGACUCCAGAGCUUCGGUGUUUUCCAACCUGCGGAUUAGGAAGAACCUAUCCAAGGGGAAGGGCACUGGCGGCUCCCGCGAGGAUGUGCUGGACUCCCAGGCCUCGCAGACCGGGGAGCUGGACAGCGCUCACUCCCUGGUCACCAAGACCCCCGACCUCAGCCUCUCGGCUGACGAAACGGGCCUGUCGGAUACCGAGUGCGCAGAUCCUUUUGAGGUGACCGGUCCAGGUGGUCGUGGCCCGGCCGAGGCUGGAGUCGGGGUCCGGGCGGUCGCUGAGGAUUUGGAAACUGCGGCAGGGGCGCAGGAUGGACAAAGGACCAGUUCAGGCUCGGACACGGACAUCUAUAGCUUUCACUCGGCUACGGAGCAAGAGGAUUUGCUCUCAGACAUCCAGCAGGCGAUCCGCCUGCAGCAGCAGCAGCAGCUCCUCCGAGGCUCGGAGGAGCCUUUAGCACCCCCCACCGCCGCCCCCCUUCAGCCCGGGGCCUUCCUGGGCCUGGACCGAUUCCUGCUGGGGCCGAGCGGCGGGGCUGGGGAGGCCCCGGGCAGUCCGGAUACAGAGCUGGCUCUGUCCGCGCUUUCCGACCUGCCCGAGAGCCUGGCCGCGGAGCCCCGGGUGGCCGAGCGUCCGCCGUCCCCCAGCGGCUGCCUCGACUCGGAGACCCCUUCCCUUCCGGCGGCCCAGCCCGCGACCGCAGACUCGCCCUCGUCCACGGCUUUCCCAUUUCCCGAGCCCAGGCCGGGGAAAGGCGCGGCCGAAGCCCCCGUGCUAGGGGCUGGGGACACGGAUGAGGAAGGGGAGGAGGAUGCCUUUGAGGAUGCCCCCCGAGGCUCUCCAGGGGAUGACUGGGGCCAGGGGCGCAGGGAGGCUCCGCAGAGGCUGGGAGGAGAGCCCGAGGAGGGGGCCACAGGGCCCGGUGUGCCCUCGGCUGCCUCCCUCCCGGGCAGCCCCGCGCCAAGCCCGCGCUGCUUCAAGCCCUAUCCACUCAUCACCCCCUGCUACAUCAAGACCACUACCCGACAGCUCAGCUCGCCCAAUCACUCCCCGUCGCAGUCCCCCAGCCAGAGCCCCAGGAUCAAGAGGCGGCUCGAGUCCUCCCUGAGCCGAGGGCAGAGAUCCUCUCUCGCCUCCGCGGCCGCCCCGGCCAAGAAGCACCGGGCCGACGGCGGCCUCGGGGGCGGCCUUAGCCGCUCGGCCGACUGGACGGAGGAGCUGGGCGCCCCAGAGCCCAGGGUGGGAGGCUCUGCGGACGUGCUGGAGCGCGGGGCAGCCGCUGACGACGUCAGCCGUGUGCCCCCUGCCCUGGCCGGCAAGUCGUCUGGGGCGCAGGCGGCUGCAGAUGGCUUCCAGAACGUGUUCACAGGGCGAACUCUGCUGGAGAAGUUGUUCAGCCAGCAGGAGAACGCUCCACCAGAAGAAGCAGAGAAGUUUUGCUCCCGGAUCAUUGCCAUGGGCCUUCUGCUUCCUUUUAGUGACUGCUUCAGGGAACCGUGUAAUCAGAAUGCCCAGUCAAGUUCAACUCCGUUUGAUCAAGAUCAACUUUACACCUGGGCUGCAGUUAGUCAACCCACACACUCACUGGAUUACGCAGAAGGGCAGUUUCCCAGGCGAACCCCAUCUGUUUGGCCUCUGUCUAAACCUCCUGAUGAAGACCACAGGCCUAAGGAUGCUGACACAGAAUCUCAGUCUGCUGUUUUGGAAACUCCGGAAAAAUGUUCAGAUGCUGUCCAGCAGGAUGUUUUUGACAUGAAGUCUGAGGGCCAGGCAACUGUGAUUCAGCAGCUGGAACAGACCAUUGAGGAUCUGAGGACCAAAAUCGCUGAACUGGAGAAGCAGUACCCUGCUGUGGACAUGGAGAUGGCCGUGGGCCGUCGUGGGGUUGGGAAUGGUGUGACGCCUGCAGAAGAUGUCUGCCUCGAAGCUCUCAGGUUAGGAGAAAAGGAUGCACAGCAUCAAAGGAGUUUAGAGGCAAAAUCGAUACAGACUUCUCCGACAGGAGAGGGUGGACUGUCAAUAGUCGCUUCUGUGAAUACAUUGCCAGAGUGUCUUCCGUGCCCAGUGGGGGCUGAGAGUGUGGAGUCAGCCAUGCCGUCCUCAGCUUCUGGACCUCAGACAACAUUCUGCUCAGAGAUUUCCUUGAUUGUGUCUCCAAGGCUAAUAGAAGUGCAGCUCGACACACCUCAGUCCAUGCCGAGUGUAUCACAGCCUCCACCACCUCCAUCCCAUUCGUGGUCUGACACUCAAGGACAACCGGGGUCACAGCCUUCCCAUCUAUCUCUUAGUACUGACUCCGAAAUCAGCCAUGAACACUCUGUCUUCUUGUCCUCUGAAAAUAGCUGUAGCAUCCCACCCGCACCACCUCUGCCUUGCACAGGGCCCUCCAGCUCCAUACCUGGCCUGGGCUUGGCUGUUCCUCCCCCUCCUCCUCUCCCUGGCAUGGCAGUGCCAGCUCUGCCCAGUACAGCAGUUCCUCCACCUCCUUCUCUGCUGGGUGCAGAAAUGCUGCCACCCUCUCCCCCACCUUUGCCUGGUGAGGGAAUACCUCCUCCUCCACCUCUGCCAGGUGUCCAGCUUGUACCUCCUGCCCCUCCCACACCUCUCAUUCCUCCCCUGCCAGGUCUAGGAAUACCUCCUCCCCCUCCUCUUCCUGGUGUGGGAAUACCUCUGCCCCCUUCUCUCCCCGGAGUAGGGAUACCUCCUCCUCCUCCUCUGCCUGGUGAGGGUAUACCCCCUCCUCCACCUCUGCCUGGUGCGGGCAUACCCCCUCCGCCACCUCUGCCUGGUGCGGGCAUACCCCCUCCGCCACCUCUGCCUGGUGCGGGUGCGGGCAUACCCCCUCCGCCACCACUGCCUGGUGCGGGCAUACCCCCUCCCCCUCCUCUCCCUGGUGUGGGCAUACCCCCUCCCCCUCCUCUCCCUGGUGCGGGCAUACCCCCUCCCCCUCCUCUGCCUGGUGCUGGGAUUCCCCCACCUCCUCCAUUGCCUGGUAUGGGAAUUCCACCUGCUCCAGCUCCCCCUCUGCCUGGGACAGGAGUCCCUCCACCUGUAGCACUGCCUCUGCCCCCUGGAUCAGGCCCUCCACUCCUACCAGAAGCUGGGAGUAGCACUUUGCCAGCGCCCCAAGUGUGUGGCUUUCUUCCUCCUCCAUUGCCAGCUGGCUUAUUUGGAUUAGGGAUGAAUCAGGACAAAGGGAGCAGGAAACAGCCAAUAGAACCCUGUCGGCCUAUGAAGCCUCUUUACUGGACAAGAAUCCAACUGCAUAGUAAAAGAGACUCCAGUCCUUCGCUUAUUUGGGAAAAAAUUGAAGAGCCAUCCAUAGAUUGUCAUGAAUUUGAGGAAUUGUUUUCUAAAACUGCUGUAAAGGAGAGAAAGAAACCUAUUUCCGAUACCAUCACAAAGACCAAGGCUAAACAAGUUGUCAAGUUACUAAGCAACAAAAGAUCACAAGCAGUUGGAAUAUUGAUGUCUAGUCUUCAUUUAGAUAUGAAAGACAUACAACAUGCUGUUGUGAACUUGGACAAUUCUGUGGUUGACCUGGAGACCCUUCAAGCUCUCUAUGAGAAUAGAGCACAGUCAGAUGAGCUGGAGAAGAUUGAAAAGCAUGGCCGAUCGUCCAAAGACAAGGAAAACGCCAAGUCUCUGGACAAACCUGAACAGUUCCUUUAUGAACUGUCACUAAUCCCCAACUUUUCAGAGCGAGUCUUUUGCAUCCUGUUCCAGUCAACAUUUUCAGAAAGCAUUUGCUCCAUUCGUCGCAAACUAGAAUUACUGCACAAAUUGUGUGAGACAUUAAAAAAUGGCCCAGGGGUUAUGCAGGUUCUGGGUUUGGUUCUUGCCUUUGGCAACUACAUGAACGGUGGAAAUAAGACUCGGGGACAGGCAGAUGGCUUUGGAUUAGACAUUCUUCCAAAGCUUAAAGAUGUCAAAAGCAGUGACAAUAGCAGAAGCCUUUUGUCAUAUAUUGUUUCAUAUUAUCUUCGAAAUUUUGAUGAGGAUGCUGGAAAAGAACAGUGUGUCUUUCCACUGCCAGAACCCCAGGACCUUUUCCAGGCCUCACAGAUGAAGUUUGAAGAUUUUCAAAAAGAUCUCAGAAAAUUAAAGAAAGACUUGAAAGCCUGUGAGGUUGAAGCGGGGAAAGUGUACCAGGUAUCCUCACAAGAGCACAUCCAGCCUUUCAAAGAAAACAUGGAACAAUUUAUAAUUCAAGCUAAAAUUGACCAAGAGGCAGAGGAGAAUUCACUGACAGAGACUCAUAAAUGCUUUUUGGAGACUACAGCCUAUUUCUUCAUGAAACCAAAAAUCGGAGAGAAGGAGGUGUCCCCAAAUGUUUUCUUCAGUAUCUGGCAUGAAUUCAGCUCUGACUUUAAAGACUUUUGGAAGAAAGAGAACAAACUUAUUCUACAAGAGAGAGUAAAAGAAGCUGAAGAAGUGUGUAGGCAGAAAAAGGGAAAAUCACUUUAUAAAAUAAAGCCAAGACAUGACUCUGGAAUUAAAGCAAAGAUAAGCAUGAAAACCUGAGCAAUGAAAACUAGUCAUUUAACCACUUCCACAAAAUUCAGCUGACCUGAGGGCGGGAAGGAAACGACAUCGUUCUAAUCACGUUUCUUCUUGACCUCCUACAUAAUCUUUGUGUUUUCUAGACAGUUCACUGAUUGCUGAAUUUUAUUGUACAUUCAUAUAAAAUGCAAAAGCAGUAGACCAGUGGAGAGUUUUGACACCUUUUCUUUUUGUAAAAGUUUAUGGUAUUAUACCAAUAGACCAAAACAGCAUGUAUAAGAGGCAGUAUCUGCAUUAAUUCUGAACAUGCUAAACAUUAAACUAAAAUUUACUUCUGUGAGAAUAUUCCUUGUCACAGCAAAACACUUUCCUUUCUACUGACAACCAGUACUCCACAUCACUGCAUUUCCAUUUAUGGGU